AUGCCACCCUCAAAUCCCCUCCAGUCCUUCUCUAGGACCGCCUCUCCAUUGAGCAGCGGCAUGCGGAUUCUACGCACCUGCCAGCAGACCUCGUGCGCUUUCAGCACCUCAUCAGCCCUCCAGACAAAGACGAUCAAGCCCUCCCGCCUCCCCGACAAAGUCAUCCCGCCCUACCCCUACGGCGAGCGCCAGGUUUACAAGCAAUCAAACAGGGGCCUCUACGGCUCCGCCCGCAUCCAGUUCGGCAACAACGUCUCGGAGAAGCACAAGGUCAAGACCCAGCGGUUCUGGCGGCCAAACAUCCUCGUCAAGAGCUUCUUCUCCCCGGCCAUCGGCGCCAACAUCAAGACCCGCCUGACCAUGCGCGUCCUCAAGACGAUCAAGCGCGAGGGGGGGCUGGAGAACUACCUGCUCAAGAGCAAGCCCGCCCGCAUAAAGGAGCUCGGCCCGGGUGGCUGGAACCUGCGCUGGCUCCUCAUGCAGACCGAGGCCGUGCAGAGGCGAUUCAACGAGGAGAGGGUCGCCCUGGGGCUGGAGCCCAAGGAGAUCGAGGACAGGAGCGACCUGAUCCAGUAUGCCCUGGACUACGCGACGCCCGGCCACCUCAACAGGAGGAGUCGGGAGACUCUGGCGAGGCUACAAGAGCAGGAGUUGGAGGAGUUCAUUCUCGGGAUUGAGGAUCUGUCCGCGUAUGAGGGAGUGGAGGAAUUGUCUGAGGAGGCCGAGGAAGCUCUCCUUGCUGAGGCUGAGAGCGCUGAGGAGGACGAGGUAACGACCAAGGCUUGA